AUGCUUCUGAUGCGAGAUGCCAUCGACACGUUUCUAAGUGCAAUAAGCUUUUUAAUAGAGUCGAUUUAUGGCAUUGCCGUCGGCUUCCCAGCAUACUUUAUUGUCAAUCCCAUUCUCCAUUUUCUGGCUCUCCCAUAUACUCUUAAAUACUUCUCCUCCAACUGGUCUUUACUCUGUUUCGAAACGCAGCCUGGCGAGCUAUAUCUUCAUCAUUUCGAAAGACUCCAUCCCGACCUGAUAGAACACGUGCGUGCCGCGUAUGCUGCAAGAACAAACAAGCGCCCACCAAGGAAGCUCAAGUUUUGGCCCCGCGAAACGAGUCACAUCAUUCUACCUCUGGUAGUCGCCAUUCGCGAGUGGAAGUUCUCUUGCGCCACCGGUCUCUUUGCGUUAUUAGAGGACUGUGGAUGGGACCGAACGCUCCUGUGGACAUUCCUCCGAGAUCAAGUGGAAAAUGCAGGCUUGGUGUCAGCCGAGGAGAAAGUGGCCUUCGCGCGCGUCAUGGAGGUGGCAUGUUCAAAUCGAUUUAAGGGAAUUCGACCUGCAUGGGUACGCUCACUACAGUUUUUACGCAAGUGGACGGGCGAGACGGAACGGAGCUCAAAGAUGCAACAGGCUCAGAUUGAAAAGUUGAAGGAAAAGUUUGAUUCUCUGGGAGUUCCUGUUAUUGCAGUGUCUGGGAACUGUAUCGAUUGGGUAUUACAACGGAAUGCUGUCCUCGUCUUGGACCAGAAUAUUCGGGAUGCAUCGUAUAGGAUGAAAAACUUUCAACCGAUUUGGAUAAAUGUGAAGAAUAGUCAGGAUCCGGAGAAGAUUUCAAAAAGCUACUGGCAGCAGGUUUCCUUUGGCUGA